AAACGAAAUAAGUCAAGUCGUCAAGUGUCAAGUGUAACAGUGCAAGAGUGCAAGUCUUGAGAAAGUACAAACUAAUUGGUUAGUUUGUUACUCCUUUGGUGUCGAAUAGAAUUGGAUAAGAACCAAACAAAAAGUUCUUCCCAACAGCUCACGUAUACAAAUAUUGUCAAUAAUUAUUCAACUAUUGUGAAUUGUGAAGUUUGAUUGAAUGAAAAUGUCAUCGUGUUGGCCUAUUCCCUUUGUUUAGGCCUAGUUUCAUGUAAGUUAUUGUUGCAUUUGCAAGAGUCUGAUCUGAUUCUAUUGAAUAGGCCUAGUUCGCAUUGUCAAGAAUGCUGUUUGGUGUUGUUGUUAGUAAAUCUAUCUAAAGUUCUUAUUUCUUUAAACAAUUUUAUGGAACUAAUCUAGUUUUUGGUUGGAUGGAUAUCAGCGAAGGCCUUACAUGUGAAACCAAUAUAAUGGUCUAAAUCAGGAGCAUGGAAAUCGAAGAUCCCAGUAUUAUAGAUUCUUGCCUGCACACAGAGAUUCAUAAUGGAAGACUACAUUACGACCAGUUUGAAAGAGUUCAACCUCUCCCAUGUGAUAGCAUGGGCUUCCGCAACGGUGAUGAUAUUCGGUGGCGUUGUUCCAUUUAUCCCUCAAUAUCGAGAAAUCAAACGGAAGGGAGAUGCAGAAGGCUUUUCUCUUUACGUGUGCCUUGUUCUUCUAAUUUCUAAUAUUUUAAGGAUAUUGUUUUGGUGCGGUAAGAAGUUUGAGACUCCUCUUCUGAUUCAAAGCAUGAUCAUGACAGUUGCCAUGUUUUUUAUGAUUCAUGUUUGUGUUUCGGUGAAAAACAAGAGCCAGAUUAUCCGGGGUCCUGACAGACUUUUUACAGGUGCCCCAAGCGUUCAAGUGGUGAGACCGGCAGUUCGUAGGUCAUUAAUGGAUUUUGAAUGGAGGUAUUUCUGGCAGUGGACAGACUUCUGGUCGUACGUGGAGUGUGUACUCAGUGUAACACUCAUGUUUUCACUGACAACAUUCGUCUUACGGGAUUCAAAGUUUUACAUCGAGGCGCUCGGUUUUGCCGCUCUGUUCACGGAGGCCAUGCUCGCUGUGCCGCAAUUGGUGCAGAACUUCCGCAACAAGUCCACUGAAGGCAUGAGCGUCCUAAUGGUGGUCAUGUGGCUGUUUGGAGACUGUUUCAAGACAACAUACUUCAUUCUGCGUGACGCUCCUGCGCAGUUCUGGCUCUGCGGCUCGCUGCAGAUCGUCAUCGACAUCUUCAUCCUAGGACAAGUCUACUGGUACAACGGAGGUGUGGAGAAAACCACGGUUGUGGUGGAGAACAUUUGGUACACUCACAUUAACUAACAUGGUAGGCCUCGAGAAUCCUUCUUCAUCCUUCCUUUGUUAGUGGACAAAGCAGUUCACAGAUUGCGUAAGCUGAAGAAUAAAAAUGUCAAAAUCUAACUCCUAGGUCAAAAACUACUGUAGAUGCACUAAUUUCUUAGCACAAACUAGUAUUAAGGUAUUAGUAUAGGGAAGAAAUUAUAUAUCUACUGUUAUCAAAGUUUAUAUGUAUGUCGUUGCAAGUAUUGUUAUGUUUGAUGGCAAGAUGAGAAACAAUGUUUAGUUUUGGCAGUUGAAACUGAUGUUGUAUUUGUCCCGUGUUGAAAUGUGUUUCUUCUUUAAAAAUACUGUUUUCCAAUUUAUUGAUGUUUGUAUGUUAAGUUUUGUCCAAUAUGCUUGUAAGUUUACAUGCAGUUAUGUUACUAGAUUGGUUUAAGCUCAGGAAUUGACCCAGUACUUAAAAUUCCUGAGACUGAUAUUUUCUCAAAGAUGUUUGAAUAUUUUCUGAAUGAUUUUAUUACUGCUGUAUAUUUUGA